AAUAAAAAAGCCUUAAACUCUUCAGAUAUCGAGCUUGAGCCUGUCACACUUCACUUGGCACGAGGAAAUGCCGCAAUGUAUGAUCCGGAAGGGUGUACUUUUACAAGGUAUCACAGCAGGUCGCUGGAUUGCUUUGUCUGGUCCAGACUGUACCUUCUACUGAUCAUGAGAAUUUUUUGGCUCAUCGCAUUUAGACUACACGCGGAAGCGGGCUCAGCCUUGCGAUAGUCAACGACGCCAAGGAGAGUGCGGAGUAAUAAGGCUUCAACUCCUGGAGCACGGACAGAUUUGGCAGAGUCGUCAACAUUGUAUGUACGUAUUGUACGUGUUUUACAUAUUGCAGAAAUGGAGGACUUCUCACAGUCUCGUGGAGACGACGAUUUAUUUGAGGACGAAAUCAUACCCUUUGAAGAAGCUCCGCCUUCCACAAACCAAGUCGCAGUUCAGCUAGAACAAGUCUCGCUUGAUCGAGCACUGUCACCCGCGGAGCAACCACCACCACCGGCGCGUCCCUCGGUAAAUGUGCAGACAAACCAUAAGACCUCAACUUUCCCAGGAUUCAGACCAAAACCGACAGGAAGAGGAAGUCAUGGAGCCACACGUGGGAGCUCAGAAAGAAAAGGUGGGUUAUCAGAAUCCAGAUGGGCGACCAAGCCAGAGAAACCGCAACCAGCGGCAGUAACGAGCACUCCAGCCGUGGAAGAAACCUUGAGCCGCGAAAACACACAGCCAGAAAAGUCUCUCGAACAAGCAGAUACCGCAGAGACGCCAACUCCCACAGAUCAAGCGGAGUCCCCUACGGGCGUGCCCAACGCCCCAACAGGUCCUGCCAAUGCCGCUGCAAGUGCUCGACCGCCCGCCGUACGCGGCGACAGAACGGCUACAGGCGGUGUACGCAAAGCCAAGCUCACGGAAGAAGAGCUCAAUGCCAAACUUGCCGCGGCCAAAGAACGAUCACAAAGCGUGGCAGCAGCGCAUGCCCGCGCAGAAGCCGACGCCGCAAGUUUCCAGGAACGCGAGCGCAUAGCCCAAAAGAAGCGAGAAAAGGACCGAGUAGAGCGAAAAGUCAUGGACAAUGAGCGGGAGAAGAACCGUCAGCGCAAGAUGGCCGUUAUGGGUGGACGAGAAUGGGACUCUCAUAAGAAUGAAGAGGAUUUCAGACCUGUACAGAAUGGCCGUGGCGGCGGUCGGAAAUUCCAGAGCGGUGUGACGUCGGACCAGCAGUAUCAGGCCGAGCAGGAGGAUCUGAAACAGUACGAAUGGCAUGAUGACCGGGGCCGUGGCCGUGGUAAGGGGAGAGGAAGAGGCGGACGAGGUCGUGGAAGAGGAGGGUUUCGUCACGAUGGAGAUGGUCAUACGCAACAGCCAGAUGUGUCGGCAGAGACUGAUUUCCCUGCCCUGCCCGCCGCCACCAAGCAGGCUGCAGAAACGUCGAACCUCAAUCAGAGUAAAUGGGCUUCCACGCCGUUAUCCGCCGGAGGCGACGGCGACGGAGGUGGCAGUUGGGCGGAGCAAGUUGAAUCAAGUGAGGCAGCAGCGAACAAAAACUGAUCCAGUUGAGACUUUCUGAUUUGGUCUGCAUGGUGUUUUAUGCUAUU